AUGGGUCGACUACCGUUGAGCGGGUAUUGCCAAACCUGCCGAAAGAGGCGAGUCAAGUGUGACAAGGGACGUCCCAACUGCGGCCGUUGCAUUUCUUCUGGUCACACCUGCGGCGGUUAUGACCUCCCCUUGCGCAUGAAUAUGCUUGGAGUUCACGCAGAGCACGACGGCACGCAGCGACUGGUGAAGAUACCAACUCUGGAACCCUCUACAAGCCGAGCGCGCUUGGCACUGGUGCCAUCCCCCAAACUCGAAUUACGCCUCCAUGGUCACCAGCAAACCUCCCCGUACUUUUUCUCGCACUACAGCUGGGCCCCCAUGUGGCGGCCCCAUAUUCUGUCCGUCACAACGAGCGGAUGCUCCGAAGUCAAUACAAUCUGUUUCCAUGCCAUCUCGUAUGCAUAUAUGGGUGCGAGUCGUGGGGACUGCGCCCUGCGAGCGAAGGGAGGCAUGCUGUACGGCCAAGUAUUGCGCAGAGUUCAAUCUUUGCUCCAUGAAUCUGCCAAACCGCGGCUUGCCGAGCUUUGUUCCACAUUGAUACUGAUGGAUAUAGUCGCGGGAGCUGCGCCUCCUCAUCACGUCGGCAUCAGCAAUAUUCUACGGUACUGCGGACCAGAAAUAUUUCGAGAUGAAAAGCUCCUCGUCCUGUAUCGAUCCUGCCGAGUCUUGCUUCACUGCUUCCUUGCAGAUGAAUCUUGGAAGACUGUUCCAUGGCAAUAUGUAUCGAAGACCUUUGAGGAUCGUCUGAUAGAUAUCCUUGUUGAGCUCCCUGGCACAGCCGAGGCUGUAAUGGACACACGCAAACGAGCGGCUUGUGUGGAUAAGAUCCAAGGGUUGUCUUUCGCACUUCAAGCAUGGCGUUGGGACUGGCACAGAGUGCACUCGGGUUCAGUACGCAUGAAUCGGCACACCGGGAACCCGAUGGAGCCCAACAAACACGACAGCCUUCCUUUUCUGGUUGGCAUGAUGCUGCGGGCCAACUUGGAGUUUGACACGGCGCGGUUGGCGCUCGACAUCCUUUACUACAACGCGACCCUUAUUUACCUCAUGCAACUUCAGGCGAUUGCACGCGGCCAACCACCAGAGCACCCCGAACAUCUGUCUCCGGAAGAUGAGAGGUAUGUGCGCCUCCAAGGCGCCGCGGUAAUGGCUCACGGCGCCAACCCGCUUAUUCUCCCGGGGAAGGCCAAGUUCCGUUGUCAGGCCGCCGCCGAAGCCUUCAUGACGCUGUCUUGUGCCACGCGGCUACUGGGCACCACACCGACGAGCGAGACGGUGGUGACUCCGAUGGCCGUUGGGAUUGUAUAUUGGGUACUGCGAGAUCAAAUGCAGUUGGACGAGGACUGUUUGGGGUCGUUGUUUUCCAAGCACCCCUUUUUUGACGAUCCUCAGAGAGUGUUUGAGGGUUUUUAUAUUAGAUCGAAUUGA